ACCCAACGAGCUCGAGGACGCCCACUUCUUUAAGCCCACCGCUGUGCGUAAAAGCGGCUGCGCGUAACAAUCGCCGGACGCGAAUCUGAUUCGUUCGGUUUGUUUCUGUUGCUUCAGAUUCAUCUGGAGAAAUCAGAGAUCAUAGAAGAAUAAUCUCUUUAUAAUCCGCACCAUUUUCCUUCUUUUUUUCUUUUUCUUUAACCCGUUUUUGUUUGUUUUAUUGGCGCUUAAUCCCCAGCGGCCGCCAGCAGCAUGAUGUCAUAUUUGAAGCAACCUCCGUACACGGUGAACGGACUGAGUUUAUCUACCUCAGGAGUGGACUUGCUUCACCCUUCAGUGGGAUACCAAGCUCCUCGAAAACAGAGAAGGGAGAGAACGACCUUCACUCGGGCCCAGCUCGACGUGCUAGAGAACCUCUUCGCCAAGACGCGCUACCCGGACAUCUUCAUGAGGGAAGAGGUGGCCUUGAAGAUCAACCUGCCGGAAUCCAGAGUCCAAGUGUGGUUCAAAAACAGACGCGCUAAACACCGCCAGCAGGCCCAGCAAACCCAGACCGGAGCCCAAACUAAGACUGUUUCCAGGCCGGUGAAGAAGAAGGGCUCGCCGGUCAGAGAUGCCAGCUCAGAAAGCGGAGCCAGCGGCCAGUUCACGCCGCCCUCCACCACCUCCAUCCCGGCUGUGAGCAGCAGCAACACAGCGCCCGUCUCCAUCUGGAGCCCGGCCUCCAUCUCUCCUCUCUCCGACCCGCUCUCCACAUCCUCCUCCUCCUCCUGCAUGCAGCGCUCUUACCCCAUGACCUACACUCAGGCGACGGGCUACAACCAGGGCUACACGGGCUCCUCCUCCUACUUCAACGGGAUGGACUGCGGUUCCUACCUGUCGCCUAUGCACCAUCAACUUUCGGCGGGCUCCACCAUGAGCCCCAUGGGCAGCAACGGGGUGUCCAGCCACCUGAGUCCGGCCUCCUCGCUCUCCUCCACGGCGUACGGAGCGGCUGGCCUCGGCUUCACCAGCGCUGCAGAAUGUUUGGACUACAAGGAACAAACAGCCUCGUCGUGGAAGCUCAACUUUAACUCAGACUGUUUGGAUUAUAAAGACCAAGCAGCUUGGAAAUUCCAAGUUUUGUGAGGUGGCACACAUAUUCAAAAAGACGCAAACGCGUAAAACGGUUUGGAGACGUUUUCCCCCUCCCGAAACUUCAGGCCCUAACUUCUACCUCGGGUCGCGGGUCGAGCAGCGCAGGACUGUCCCGUUGUUGGGCUAACUUAUUGACUAUUGAGACUGAUUUCUCCAGCUUUGAUCAGGGACUCGGAACAAAUCUGUUGACCAGAAGAAAAAAAGAUCAAGAGAGCGAACUGAGUUGAGUUGGAGGGAUUUGUCAGGUUCAUAAGCUCCUUAUAGACUCUCAUCCUCUUCUUUUCUUUUGAAUUUCGAUGGCACGCUGAAGGGUCCUUUUGAUCAAAGCGAUGUGCAGGAGUGCGUGUGUGUGUGCGUGCGUGUGCGUGUGUAUGUGUGCGUUAGUGUGUGUGUGUGUGUGUGUGUGAGAUGAACCUGGAGGCACUAUUUAAUUUAUGGGAAGAUAUAAGAAUAUUAGACAAUCAGUCCGAAUGUUUUUAUGUAAUUUAGAUUUUUUUAUUCCCUUGUAGUUCCCGUGUUCUUUCUAUAACCUGUGUGCACUGCAUAUUAGGAUUUUGCGCAGUGUGCGCAACAGAGCAAGAUGUGAAUCUGAUAGUUUUGUGUCUGAAAAGAUAAAAAAUAAGGAUUUCUAAUUUUUUAAACAACAAAUGCAGGGUAAAUGAAGCCUUUGAAGGUGCAUGAAAGAGAAACUCAACAACAAUAAAGACCUGAUUCAUUCUGA